CUAUGAUUCUAUGACCCAGUAGGGCCAGGCUGCACUGGGGCCUAACCCUGUUUAGGUCAAACCACACCUGUUACUGAGGUGUCACAAGGGCACCAAUGUGCCUUAAGCCAUUUUAAACAAACCCCAAACCCACCCCGCAGCCUCACCCGGAUCAAUACGGGCUGCUAAGCUGCCCAGCGUCUGAGCUGCUGCCUCAUGGAGAACAAGGGAAAUUCAAGUCCAUGCCAGGAAAAGCAGGAUAUGCCUUCCCCUCUCCUCACCCCAUCCUACUGGGAUCCGGAAGCUCUUUAUCCGGCAGCUACGGGAGAUCCUAACAGUACAAACGCAGCAGCUGUUCUGUGCUCUGCAACGGGAGCUCGCACCCAGACUAAGACCUGAUUAGUCACAGAUCCAGGGUUCUAGACUCUCCCCUCGCCCUGGGGUGCUAAAACACCACCAGAGACAGAGGGGAGUUAACAUCUCCUCUCUAGGAUGACACCUCUAACAACCUGCUUCCACUACAGAUACAACCCAUUGCCAUUGCUGACUGGGAGUACAACUGGAUUGGUGCUGACACAACUUAGCCGUACGUAGCCAAGGACAAACCACACUCAGGAGUUCCAGGCACUGGGGUGAAACCCAGCGUGAAGAACCUUCUGGGAGCCAUGAAAGAUCCAUUGGCCAUUAUCUCUGAACAUUCGUGGUGAUCAGUGGAGAUCCUGGACGAUUGGAAAAAGGCAAAUAUAGUGCCCAUAUUUUAAAAAGGGAAGAAAGAGAACCUGGAGAACUACAGACCGGUCAGCCUCACUUCAGUCCCCGUCAAAAUCAUGGAGCAGGUCCUCAAGGAAUCCAUUUUGAAGCAUUUGGAGGAGAGGAAGGUGAUCAGGAACAGUCAACAUGGAUUCACCAAAGCUGAACAUGGGGAAAAGCCAUUGACAAAUUAUGGGAUGAAGUCAGGGAUCCUCCUCUUCGGAUUCUUGGUGACCCUGAGCCUGUGCCAGGCAUCUGGAUCUUCCAUAAAUGAUAUCUUGGAGACGCUGCCAGAUCCAUUCUUUCUGAGCAGCACUAAAGAAGCCAAGGAGCUGGUGGAUGCUGCAUACAAGUAUGAACGGGACAGAGCAAAGGCGGCAUUCCGGAAAAAGGACGUCAGCCCCUCAGAUAUCCUGAGACAUUUAAAGGAGCCAGUGGCAGGAACCAGGUCUGCAAUCCGAGUUGCCGAUUACAUGGAAACCACCCUGAGCCUCCUGAAGAAGAAGUUGCGUCGCGUGGUGAAAGGAGAGUUUAAUAUCACAGAUGUACUAAGUAGGAAGCAGAAGGAAAUUAUUUCCAAGGCAACUGGUUGUGACUAUCAGAUUCGUUCCAUUAAGUGCCCGAAGAGUAGCAUUUACCGGACCAUUACUGGAGAAUGCAACAACAGGAAACAUUCUUAUUUUGGAGCUUCCAAUCAAGGAUAUGCCCGAUGGCUCCCGGCAGAGUAUGAGGAUGGAGUGUCGCUUCCCAAAGGAUUAACUGAAGGAAAACUUUACAAUGGAUUUCCGCUCCCACUGGUUCGAAAAGUGUCAAAUGAAAUCAUUCACACAGCCAAUGAGAAUGUCACCCAAGACCAGCAGCGCUCUGUCAUCUUCGUGCAUUGGGGUCAGUGGGUUGACCACGAUUUGGACUUAGCCCCUUUCACUACUACAAAAAUUAACAAUCAAGAAGUUCAGUGUGAGACCAGUUGCACCUCUGAGCUACCUUGCUUCCCAAUUAAGUUUCCCCCUGAUGAUCCACGAAUUAAGGACCCAAAUACUUGUAUGCCAUUCGUCCGUACAGCUCCAGUGUGCAAUGCCAAAACAUUUAUACAUGAGCAGAUCAAUGCACUCACCUCCUUCAUGGAUGCCAGCAUGGUGUACGGCAGUGAAGUACCUCUAGCUAAGAGUCUUAGGAAUCAGACAAACCAGCUGGGUUUGAUGGCGCUGAACCAGAACUUUACUGAUGCAGGGCUGGGAUUACUGCCCUUUGAGACCAAUUCCCAAAGCCCCUGUUUAUUCACAAACAAGACCAUGAAUAUCCCUUGUUUUAAAGCAGGUGAUGCACGAGUAACUGAAAAUCUGGGACUUACAGCUCUACACACACUCUUUGUGCGGGAGCACAAUCGCUUGGCUACCGAGUUGAAGAAAUUAAAUCCACACUGGGAUGGAGAGAAGCUCUACCAGGAGGCCCGAAAAAUCAUAGGUGCCAUGACCCAGGUAAUAACAUACAGAGACUACUUGCCACUUCUGCUUGGAGAUGAGACUGAGAAGGAAAUACCAUGCUACACGGGCUAUGAUGAGUCUGUGGAUCCCACCGUGGCAAAUGUAUUCUCCUUGGCUUUUCGGUUUGGUCAUGGUGCAGUACAGCCUUUUGUGACCCGUUUAGAUGAUCAUUUCGAACCUUUGGGUCCAAAUUUCCGGGUCCCUCUUCACCUCACAUUCAGUGCUUCCUGGAGGGUUGUAAUGGAAGGUGGCAUUGACCCGCUUCUCCGUGGUAUGCUGGUUGUCCGUGCGAAACUAAUGAAACAGGAUCAAAUGGUGGUGGAGGAGCUCCAAGAGCGGCUUUUUGAACAGUUACAAGUAAUUGGACUGGAUCUACCAGCCUUAAACCUGCAACGUGGAAGAGAUCAUGGUCUUCCAGGGUAUAACGCCUGGAGGCAAUUCUGUGGGCUCUCACAGCCUCACAACUUAGCUGAACUCUCUGAAGUGCUGAGAAAUCCUGAGCUGGCCAGGAAGUUCAUGGACCUGUACGGGACACCAGACAAUAUCGACAUCUGGAUUGGGGCUAUGGCGGAGCCGUUUGUUCCCAAUGGCAGAGUGGGACCUCUCCUGGCUUGCAUCAUUGGAUCUCAGUUCAGGAAAUUGCGAGAUGGGGACAGAUUCUGGUGGGAGAAUCCCGGGGUUUUCACUCCACAGCAGCGCCGGGCCCUGAGCAGAAGUUCAUUGUCACGGGUUCUCUGUGAUAACACUCGCAUUAGAGAGGUGCCCAGGGACGCAUUCAAGGUCAACCGCUAUCCUGAGGACUUUGUGAACUGCAGAAUGAUCGACAGUAUUGAGUUGUCACCUUGGAGACAACGCAUUAACUAUGGACUGAAAGAACAAGCACCCAGUGACUCCGUAUGAUAGAAGUUGAGAUUUCCCUGGAGGGCUGGAUUGAGGAUGCUGCUGGCAAAGACUCUUCACUAUUUUCAGUCUAACCCACUACUGACGCUUGCUGGCUGGAAGGCACGGCCUCGCUCUGUGACUGGCUGGAAGGCACGGCCUCGCUCUGUGACUGGCUAGAAGGCACGGCCUCGCUCUGUGACUAGCUGGAAGGCACGGCCUACCUGCCGUCAUUUUGCCUGUGUUUGUGUAGAUUUUCUUCCAUUUGGAAAAACUUCCAACGCUGUCAUUAGCUUGCAAGUGGCCAUUGCUAAAAGAACUAGGAUUAGCUGAUAACACUAGCUAAAAACGUCCAGACUGAAUUGAAGCCCACGAGUGCAGAUUUACAAGUUAGUGAUUGUAGGCUGCCUACUGGUGCCUAGUUUUGUGAUUCUUCCAUUUCUUUAUCAUACAGAUCAUUGCUUCUCUUUCUGGUUUCUCUGAAUGGUGAAAGGGCAAGUUGUACACAUUUAAGAUAUUAUCUCAA